AUAUGCUAACUUCACAGCAGUGUUGCUUCUCUUUGUCAGAGGACCGACUUCCGUUUUCAUGUUUGGUCCAGGUUUCUGGAAUUUGCUGUCUUGUGAGACUGACCAGUCUGUCACUUUGAUAAACAGGAGCAGUGAUUUGGGGUUUUCGUGACGGAGCUGAUACAAGGUCCUUCAUUUCAACCUAGCCCUAGUAAACGUCCGUCAUCUUAUUUCAUCGUUGAAAAACACGACUGUUUACCUAGCUAGCUGGCUAGCAUCAGCCAGCUGAGUUAAAUCACCUAGCAUGUUUCGGUUCUUGAAUGACGUUGAUGACGACCCCUUCAUGAUGGAUCCAUUUGCAGCUCACAGGCAGCAGAUGAGGGCUAUGUUUGGACCAUUUGGCAUGGACCCCUUUGCCCUCGCCCCCCAGAUACAGCCACCCCGUGCACCACGCAGACAGGCUGGUCCGCUGGCCCCGUUUGGCAUGAUGGGAAUGGGUGGAGGAGGGUUCAUGGAUAUGUUUGGCAUGAUGGGAGAAAUAAUGGGGAACAUGGAAAGAAUCUCCGGUUCACCAAACUGUCAGACGUUUUCCUCUUCAACAGUGAUAUCUUACUCCUCUUCAGACUCAGGGCCUCCCGAAGUUUAUCAGCAGACCAGUCAAACAAGAACCGGCCCUGGAGGGAUCCGUGAGACACGACAGUCCAUGAGGGACAGCGAGAGUGGCCUCGAGCGUCUUGCCAUCGGUCAUCACAUUGGGGAUCGUGCACACAUCAUGGAGCGUUCACGAAAUCGCCGCACCGGAGACCGCGAGGAACGCCAAGACUUUAUUAACCUUGAUGAGGGUGAAGCUGACGCAUUUGAUGAGGAGUGGAGGAGGGAGGCAGGUAGAUACGGCAACCCGAAUGUCCGGGCGUUGGAGUAUGGCCGAGAUCGACGGGGAGGACAGCAGCUGGCCCUCACUGCCCCUCCAAGCUCAUCGUCCCCACCAGGCCAUCGGCACGAGUCCCCCAGACACCGUCAGCCUCAAACCCGUCCACGUUACGACUGGUGAGAGGCGUCCCAGGUGAGCGACCAGACAUAAGGAGUGGAGGGAAGAUUUCCCCGAUGCUGUGAACCACGCUGAAGACGGAAGUUGAUGAUCGUCACAACUGCCCGUCGUAAAUGUUUGAUAUGACUGGACUGUCUUUACAUGAACAACAUAAACAAACACACACGCCCAUGCACACAUACAUAACAAAAUCCCCACACAAUUGCUCGUUACAUUUCCAGCUCUCCUUCUCCACUGUUACAAUGCACAGACACACACGUACACACACACAUACACACACAGUAGCACCCCUGUGUAAACAUGGGUCUAACUACACUCACUUUAUAUAUACUCAUUCUCAAAACUUGACAUGUGUUUUUGCCCACUGCACUAAAGUGCUACAGUAUACAGUACAUCUGCUGUACAGUCCAUUUUAUGUUUGUGAAGACACUAGUGUGUCAGUGAAUUGAAUUGUAUACUGUUAACUAAUUAAUCUAACUAAAUAAAAGUUCAUUAAACAUUGUUAGAUAAUUACAAAA